AUGACUUUCCCGACAGCCCCUGCGCCCGACGUUGAAUGGACCAAAUUAGGUCUGGCUGUGACCGAUAUGGUCAAUGGCCACAUCGAAUCAACCUAUUCGGUCGAAGAGAGCAAGUGGACAGCGCCCAAAUUCAUCGAGGAUCCCUAUCUACGAGUGCAUGGGCUCUCAACCGCCCUGAACUAUGGCCAACAGGUGUACGAGGGUCUAAAAGCCUACCGCACCCAGAGCGGCAAGAUCCAAAUCUUCCGCCCAGCCUUCCAUGCCGCGCGUAUGCAGCACUCGGCAGAUGUGGUAUCCAUUCCACCCGUGCCUAUUGACCAUUUUAUUGCUGCCGUCAAUGCAGCCGUCGUGUACAAUGCCGAGUGGGUUCCCCCCUAUGAGAGUGGUGCAGCCCUGUACAUCAGGCCUGUGCUGUUCGGGUCCAGCGGGCACUUGGCCCUCACGCCACCGGCUGAGUACACGUUGUGUGUUUAUGUCCAGCCAUUCAGCAGUUACCAUGGAACGGCACCGCUGCCGGCGGUGACGUUGGAAGAGUUUGAUCGGGCAGCUCCAAAGGGGACCGGACAUGCUAAGAUCGGAGGUAAUUACGCGCCCGUGAUGAAGUGGUCGAAACACGCGAUGAAAGCGGGAUUCCCGAUGACGUUGCAUCUGGAUAGCAAAACCGGGGAGGACAUUGAUGAGUUCUCAACCUCGGGGUUCAUGGGCGUCAAGAUCAUGCAACAGGAAGGGGAGCGGAGCAAGUGUUUGAUGGCGAUUGGAAAAGGGUUGGAUUAUCAAGUCGAGCAUCGCACGGUCAAAUACGAGGAAUUGUCGACCUUCAGUGAGGUGAUGGCCGUGGGAACUGCCGCUUGCUUGGUUCCUAUUCGCUCGAUCACGCACCAGUCGCGCGGGGACUACUUUGUUUACACAACUGAGAGCGCUGCUGGCCCAGUCUGUCAAAAGCUAUAUGCAGAGUUGACGAGUCUUCAGCGCGGUGAUAGAGAGGAUAGCCUGGAAUGGUGUCAUGAGGUGAAGCAAGUGCUUGAUGGAGUUGUGCAAGAGUGA